GCGCGGGCGGCUGCUGGAACGCAGGCGGCGACGAGCGAUGUUUGGAGGGCACCCGUGAUGGCGGCCAGUGCGCGGCGCUCGGCUCGGCGUUCGGUGUAAGGCAGCGGCUCAGCGCGGAGGCGGCGACCAAGCAUGAAGGGACCGCGCGGGUCACGGCGCCUCGUCUUGUGUGCAGUGUCUAUAGACAGAUAGUAAGGGAGACCAUGUCCUGGGGCGGCGGCGGAGGGAGGCUGGCGGCGGGAGGGCUCCACGGGGAUGGCCACAACCAACCCCAUCACCAGCAGCAGCAGGUGGGCGUGGGCGUGGACGUGGGCGUGCAGGAGGUGAUAGCGCGGGCGCUGGAGACGUGUGAGACCCACCACCAGUUCAUCGCCUCGCAGGCAGAGCACCUGGAACGCCUGAGGUCGCAGUGUGCCACCAGCGCCCAGCUCACGCAGCAGGAGAUCCGCACGCUCGAGGGCAAGUUAGUGAAGCUGUUCAGCCUACAACUGGUAACAAAGCGGCACUUACCCUCGGGUGUGCCCUUACCUCGUGAGUUGCAGCUUUACCCUUCGCUCAAGCAAUGGCUGCAAGUGGUUGGACUCUGCAAAGAUUCUGUUAUUGGUAUGUGCCAGAGAGUCUCCACACUAGAAGGAUUACUUGAAAAAAGAGAAAAUGAAUUACGUAACAUCCUCAAUGAUUAUGGAGCCGACAAAAGUGAAGCCCAUAAGCUGGCAAGGGCCAUGCAUAAUCUCAAACGAUACACAGAGAUACAAAUGCAAGGUCAGGCAGGAGACCCAAACAACUCAGACCUGCCUCUAUACUGGGACUCUUGGGAGAACUGCCCUCCUUCUCCUCGAGCCUCUACCCGAGCACAGAGAGAAUGUCGCUCGUCUGUGUCCUCGUCUGAUGGAGAUGGUGGGAGUGUCACCAGUGGCAGUACUAGUGGAGGAGCGUGGAGUGGAGAUGGGAGUCGAGCCAGCAACAAAGGGGCACCAGUCAGUCAACGUAGUAGUGAUGACUCUUCCACUCCUUCCUCACCCCCUCCUCCUUUGUCCCUAGUUCCUCCACUAAGUCCUGGUGGGCCACUCCACACUUCCUCCACUCUAAACCUUCCUGGGAGUAUCACGGUCUUCUCUGAGAAGCGAUAUACUCCUCCCCCAACUCCUAGUAUUAUCCCAAAGGGCAAGAGUUCAGGUGACAAGAAAUUCCCAACAACACCUCCUCCUGGCAAGAAAUACCAAACUGGCCUCUUAAAUCCCCUGCAGCCAUCUUUAGGUCGUUCCACAUCGCACGAGUCACAGCUUGCGCCAAGGGCUGAAGGUCAUGAACAGCAGUCUUCAGCGCUUCUCAGAAAGCUUAAUCACUUCUGGUUGGGUGGCAGCUUGGAGCAACUUGUGACUCGGAGGACACGCCUACACUCAGAGUCUGAGGCUUCAGCAGACAACUCCGGCAAGAGGGCGGAUGGGAGCCGGACCAGAACGGAGGUGCGGGACCUAAAGACACCUCAGAACUCUCCAGCACCUUCGACUCUCGCCAGCCCCAUCAAGUCACCUCACUACCCAGAUCCUGCCAAAGAUGACAGUCAUAUAAUGAAAUCUACUCUUUCAGUACCAAAGUCUCCACGCACCCCUACUCUAGCUGGUUCAAUGGGUCACAAUGUGCAGCAUCGCUUCAUAAAGACGAUCAAGUCUGCCACUUGUGGUUACUGUCAUCACAAGUUUUCUAUUUUAGGUGGUCUGAAAUGCAAGGAGUGCAGCUACAAAUGUCAUCGUGAAUGUGAGCCAAAAGUGCCACCUUCCUGUGGAUUGCCACAAGAGUUGCUCAUAUUAUUUGCUGAUACUUGGAAGAAGGUUGGUAUGGAUGGAAGUGGUGGACUGCACAGAGGAGGCACUCCCGGAGUCUCUCCUUCUCACCAUCAUCCAAAUGACGUCUUCUCUCCUCUACGGGUCGGCCAGAUGUCCAACUCUCAGCCGUCCAUUAGCAUACCAUCCUUCCAGGACCCCAAUUCCAGUUCGAACACUUCCAGCUGCAACUCCUCAACCCCUUCCAGCCCAGCCCUCAUCAUUUCAGCCUCUCCUGCAAGACAUGAUGCAUUCCAUUUUCCAACCACUCGAGGAUUCCAUUUCCCAGAGGUGAAUGAGGACUGUGGGGACAUUCCCCUGGAUAUGCGGCUUAUUUCACCCCGACCCCCCACCAAGGCCCCUAUCUCAGCUUCCUCCACCCAAAGCGAUGUGAUAGACUCAAGACAGUCUCAUGAUUCUGACCGCACUGUGUCACAAACCUCAGGGUCUGGCAGUACUGGCACUGACGAUUCUGAGCGCACAAUAGCUGGUCGUGUAGAUUCGCAGGAUUCCACAGUAUCUGAUGGAGAAAAUGCAGAUCCGCGAUGUACUCGUCAGAACAGUGUCAGUAGUGUGUCCCAGUCUCUCCGAGAAUGGGAUAUUCCCUACGAUGAACUUGAUAGAGGAGAAGUCAUUGGACGAGGAAGAUUUGGCAUUGUAUAUUCAGGAAAUUGGCACGGACAAGUGGCUAUAAAAGAGUUGCGAAUGGACUAUGUUAAUGAUGAGAAAACUCUUGAAGCAUUUAAGGCAGAGGUGAGCACUUUCCGCAAGACUCGGCAUGAGAAUUUGGUCCUGUUCAUGGGUGCAUGUAUGAAGCCCCCAAGACUGGCCAUAGUGACAAGCCUAUGCAAGGGCAUGACACUCUACAAACACAUUCAUGUACUGAAAGACAAAUUCAAUAUGUCACGCACCAUCUUGAUUGCUCAGCAAAUUUCACAGGGUAUGGGCUACCUCCAUGCAAGGGGCAUCGUUCACAAGGACCUUAAGACCAAGAAUAUAUUCCUGGAGAGUGGCAAGGUUGUCAUCACAGACUUCGGUCUCUUCAAUGUUACGAGACUCUGUCAUGAUAGCAGACGAGGCAACUGGUUAAGUAUCCCCCCUGGUUGGUUGUGUUAUCUCUCCCCUGAGGUCAUGAGGAACCUGCGUGUGAUACAGAAACAAGACGAUGGCCUUCCUUUCACCACGUACUCGGAUGUUUAUUGUUUCGGUACUGUGUGGUAUGAAUUAUUAUGUGGUGAAUGGCCCCAUAAAGGCCUUCCUCCUGAGGCCAUAAUAUGGCAGGUUGGACGUGGAAUGAAGCCUUCCUUGGCACAUCUACAGGCUUCACGGGAUGUUAAGGACAUACUCAUGGCCUGCUGGAGUUACCGGCCGGAUGAAAGGCCAGAGUUCUCCACCAUGUUGAACAGCUUGACAAGGCUUCCCAAGAAGCGGCUCCACCGCUCCCCUUCCCAUCCUAUCCACCUCUCACGUUCUGCAGAGAGCGUCUUGUAGACAUCGGAUUUCAAGUCGUGAAGACAUGAUGCAACUGUGGUUGAAUUUGGAGAGUAAGUCACCUUGUGCUGCAAUAUUCAGACUUUUAAUUUUUUUCUGAUGUGUUUCUUAUUUUCUUUGUUGUCUUACUUUGUUCCAAUGAAUUUUAAAGCAGCCAAAAGUGAAUGCAGCAAGUGUGCACAACACUGAUUUGGGAUUGGAUGGUGUUAGGAUAAGCAUUUUUCCAAAUAUGUUUGUCCUUAGAGAACAUGCAGAUAGGAUGUAGAAGCACAAACCUUCUGCAGUUUUUACUACUAGUGGUGGGUGACAAAAGUGUCACUUUUGUUUUCUGUUAGGAAAUUAGAUUUUGUGCUCAAUUUUGCUCUGCAAUUUUGCUGCUUACUACUUUAUGUUUGUAAAAUCUGUAUAAUGAAUCUUGAAAGUAAGACUUAAAAGGGAAGAAAUGAGAAACUGUAAUAAGUAUGUAAUAAGUAUUUUUUCUCAUACUAAUGGAAAUUCUGUUAAUUGGGAAGAUGAUAUCAUGUUAUUUAUUCAUAAUGUACUUUAAAAGAACCCUUCCAGUACAAGAAUGCUUGGUAUCAACACAGAGUAAGCAUGUAUUCUUGAUAAUGUAGUCUAUUAUAUGAAUCCUUUCUAUUCAAGCUGUUUAGUCUAAAUUAUAGUGUUGUUUUAAUUUAUUGAUGGAAACUUGAAUAUGAAAUUAAUAUGCAUGCAUUAGAAUGAAACAAAAAAUAUUUAUAAGGAAUACGAAGCAGUCGGGUAGUGACUGAGAUCAGAAAGUUUAAAACUAGGAAGAAGUCUUUGUAAAAUGGUUUCCAGAUUGAAACAACUUUAAACUUACUAGUUAAUAAUACAAGUCCAACAUUUUCUAGUCAGCCAAUGUACACUAGAGAGUUUCCUGCAGUAGAUCAAGCUAUAUUUAUACAUUUUUUGAUAAGCACUCAUGGACCUUGCGCAGGACUUCAGUGAGGUAAUUAUUUGUGUUGUGAAGUAGAAGUAGAACAGAUUCUGAAACACCAAUAGGCAAGUUGUGGUAAAACAGAUAAAGAGAUGAAGAACAUUCACAGGGCAUUAAGCACUUCACCAUUUAAUUGUCCAGAGUGUGUCACUACAGCGUUUCAGAAUUUGGCCAAAUGUACUUUGUCAAGACCUGCAAUAUGUUGAUGAUUGCUUGUCAUAUCAUGUAUGUGAUGAAAGGAGUUGUACUCCAGUUUAAUUUUGAUUGACCUUGAAGAACCAGUGGGUGGAUAGACUUAAUAGGUCUACACAAGAUGGAAAAUCCAUAGGCCAGUCAGCAGUAAUGCUGACAUUAUUUUGAGCAUUUAACUUGUAUAAAUUGACUAUGAAGUUUGUUUUGCCAUCAGAGAGGCCCCACUUGAGAACUAAUAACUUGUCAAGAAAAAUUAUGUCAAUUAUGCAUAUGAUUGGCACUGUCUAUGAAGGAGCAGACAGAGGUACUACCAAGACAGUGGGCAAGGUCACCAAGCCAUGGCCAGUAGAAGUCAUGACAAGAGGCCAAACUUUCUUGUCUGGUAAAACUCAAGUUGAUUUGUAGUGUUCCAAAUGCAACAGAGUCCACCAACAUCAGUGGUCUGCAUCCAAAGAUCCAUUAAUAUCUUGAUAAAUAAAGAAAAAUUACAUGUCAAUUGUAUUUCAGUGUAAAUGCACAGCACCUUAUUAAGCAUUGUCAAUGCUGUUACAAUAUUGUUUAGUUUCAUUUUAUUAUUUGUAAAUGAGAUAUGUUUAACAAGUGAUAGAGUUUGAAUUCAAGUCAUUAUGAUAAGCGUCAUUGAUAAAUUAGCCUCUAAAUGGCUACUGAAACUAUUUAUGCACUCUUCAAAGUCCAGUUUUCGCUGUGUUAUUGUCCUGUUUGUAAUAUUUGUAAUACAGUUGAAUCUUGGUAAUUUCAUCUACUGAUUUAUAUACUGUUUAUUCAUUCCAACCUGUAUUUUCCUUACAGAAGCUUUGGAUGAAGAAUGUAUUGAGUGAUUGUAUUGCUUUACAGUUUGUUGCCACAGAUCCACAGUUGGAGUUACCAAGUUUUUCCUGUACUUGUAUGCUCUUCUAUCUUAGUGUUUUCAUAUGCAUCAUGUGCUUUUUUGGUGGAGACUGAUGAACAGUUUUCCUUCAUGACACUUUCAUUCAGGAUGUGUUCUAAAGGAUCCACUAAAGUAUUAUUACAUUAUAUUUGCAAGUCGAUGUUUACUUUAGCAUUUCAACUGCACAUUUUCUCUUCCUCUCCAGUCCUCCUCCAAGCCAUUCUCCCCUCCAAAAGCCUUUCUAUAUCUGAACUUAGAAUAGCACCCUUCAUCCCCAUUUCCCAGUAACUAUAAUUGUAGGACCACCACAGCCUUCUCUGAUCCCUUCAUCUUUGGUCCUUGUCAGAAGCUCAAGGCUAAUACCUUGUACCAGUAUACCUUGUUCCAUCCUAUACCUCUGUCCUGACCUCAUGACCUCAAAUACAUGUUCAUUUUCUCUUCUUUUUUCCAGGUUAAUUGAUAACACAAAUGGAUACUUAUUUGUUAGAUAUUUUUCUUAGUUUUCUGACACAAGCUUGAGGAUAGUUGUGAAUCAGAUCUUGUUUUUAGUAUACAUGAAACCAGUGGAUGACAGAUCUGAUUGACAUCCAUCUCUAAACUUGUAAUUGUGACAUCAAAAGAAAACAGAACUUGUAUAUUGCAGGUUUCUGUUAAUAUUCUGCAGCAUAACAUGUUUGUGGAAAUGUUUAUGUACUUUCCCAAUGAGAAGUUCAGACUGUAUUAACCUGGCUAUUGAAGUUUAUCUCUUCAUAAGAUAUUUCACGUUCCAUUUGAUUUCACGAGUUUAUAAUUUGUAUUUAAAAAAGUGCUGUCUCAAAGGGUCCAGGCUGGAUUUUUUUUUAUGCCAUUCUUCACAUUAAUUUCCUCAGAUGUUUUUACCCUUGAGUCCUUAACCAAGACACGGGUUCCUCAUUCACGGGCUCCUCAUUAGGUAGGGUUGUUGCUGUAUCCUUGUUGCUGCUCGGUGUUUUAUAUGCCAAGCUUUUUUCUUGUAGUAGGUGUUUAUGUAUGUGUGGAGUCUGUCUUCAGCUUUUUCUCUUAAAGAUGAUGGUGCAGGAGAGACUCUAGGGAACAAAUUUUGUGUUGGUAUCAGGUUUAAGGCUUCCACCUUAUCUAUGUAGAUAGGAGUGUGGAACUUUCCUUCCUGACCACCAUAACUGUUUCUGUGUGACUUGUCCUGCUGUCUAGUUUUGACUGUUGAAGGCUGUAUUGCCUGGAGUAGUUGACAAAGGGGCUUGGCAUCAAAAGUAAUCUUGUGUUCUCUUCUCUUCAAGCUUGGUGAAACCCUCAAAGUGUUCCCCCAAUUCUCUUUGAGGGCUCUACUAACAUCAUAAAAACCCCCAGAUGCACUGGUUAACUGAGGUAAUCCCCCACCUCACUGAAUCAUUGUACCUGGGCUAUGUCUCUUAGCUAUAAACUAUACUGUAAUUUAUUUUGUGACUUUGUACCUGUGAUUUUGGGUAUAAUACAUACUAUGUAUUGGUUGUUUUAACUACUAUUUUUAUUAUUGUUGAUAUUAUUAUUAUUAUUAUUAUUAUUAUUAUUAUAUUAUUAUUAUUAUUAUUGCUAUAAUUAUCAUUAUUUUUAUUAUAAUUAUUAUUAAAUAUUUCUAUGAUUUUAUUAUAAUUAACUAUUGUGAUGCUUAUGAUUUAUUAUUCACACUGUUAUUAUUAUUAUUGUUAUUAUUAUUACUAUUAUUAUUAUUAUGGUUAUUAUGAUGAUGGUUGUUAUUGUUAUUAUUAUUAUGAUGAUGAUGAUGAUGAACAUAAUUGAUAGUAUUAUUUCAUUAUUGCUGGAAAUUUUGUCAUUAUUGAUAUGUAUUAAUUAUUUUUUUUAGGAUAGUUACUAGUUACUUAAUGAUAAUAUUAGUUAUUAUUGUUAGUAAAAUAUGAUAUUUUUAUUAUCAAAUAUUUUAUUUAUUGUUAUCAUCUCAUUAUAGUGGUUGUCACUGUCAUUUUUCUCUUAUUGUAGCAUGCAACAGGUUCUUUAUAUCUUGUUAGUUUGCAAUAGACAUUUAUGACACUUUUUGUUUAUGUGUGAAAUAAUCUUUAAUUUUUUUUGUCUUUUUAUCCUUUAUCUUUCAUCUUCAACAUCUGUUGUUCUGGUAUUGUGCUGUUGAUAUGUAUUUUCAGUAUAUCUUGUAUUUCUGUAUUUGUUAUACCUGAAUAUAAUUUACUUUAAAUUUAUUUAUUUAUUUUUCUCGUAUUUUCCAUCUAGUGCCCCUUCUAGCAGAUGUCAGGCUCCCUUACAGCCAUCCUCCCUCACCUCCAUCCGUAAACACAGAGGAAUCCCAGGUGGUGGGAGCGAUGUUACCCCUGGAGUGGCUUGCCCUGACAGCCUCCCCCCUUUUAGGGUUUGCCUCUUGACCAAGGGUUUAGCUGUUACGAGCAUCGAGCUCCAGGCUUCAGUCCUCAACGAGUGUCCUCACAUGAGACAAUAUUUCUUCUCAUUUUUUUCUUGGUUUUCUUUUUUCAAUUUUUUUUUUUUCUUUUCUUUCUUUUUUUUACUAUUAUCACUGGUUUAUAUAAUGUGUAUCUCUAGAUUUACAGUUCAUUAAUAUUAUGUAUAAUACUUAAUUUAUUUGUACAUACUGAUGUGUCUACCAAAUAUAGUUUGUAUAUAUUAUGCAUUAAUACAUAAGUCUUUUUAUCAUAA